ACUGGAUGAAUUGUAACUUCGGACAGCCCUCAGCAUUCCCGGAUUUCCCGUGAACGCACCCACAAAGUCCGCGAGUCUGCAGGUGUGGUGAUUUAUCCAAAGCAAGUGCGAGCUGCGUCAGCCCUGUGGAUGUAUGGAUUUAGCUGGAAGAUGAAGGUGUAGCUGUCGCGUGGAUGAAUAUCUCACUUAUAAUUAGACAACAAUGUGUUCAGUUGAGUAUUUGAGAGAGUUUGUCAACGAGCGACUAACUGCUGCUGCUGAAGAAAUAUUGGGAGUUUUUCAAAGAGGCAUCGUCGAGUACGAGGAAGAGAUCGAUCGUCAGCGCAGACUGUUGGAUAUCGUUUUGAAGCCUGAAAUAAAGUUACACAGGACAGAGCUCCCACAGCAACAUGUGUGUAAGGAGGAGGAGGUUGUCCCUGAGCAGCAGCUCUGUAUUGAGGAGAGGAAGUCCAGUGUGGACCAAGAGGAGCCAGAGCCUCCAGAGAUUAAAGAGGAAGAGGAGGAAGUGUGCAGCAGUCAGGAGGGAGAGCAGCUUGUAGUGAAGCAGGAGACUGAUGGCUUUAUGUUGACUCCUGCUGAUGAGGAAAGUGAGCACAGUGAAGAUCAGACUCUGGACUUCAUUCAUGAUGACACUCAAAGUGCAGCAGAGAAAGAGUCUGUAUUCAAAAUGCCAGUUAUAAGCUCUGUGAUAUCAGAAGCAACCAGUGAGCACCAGCUGCUCUGUCACAACUCUCAUGUAGCUGAGAGCCAAGAUGAGGAAGAAUACCAGCAUGGAGACUCAGGAUCAACUAGAAACACAGAGCUUCAAGCAGAGAAAAGACAUCAUGAAAGUGAAAGUCAAACUAAUAAUGUAUAUGACUUAACAAUUUCAAAUACACACAGCAAUAUUCACACAGGUGAAAAGUCUGUGGCAUGUAACAUGUUGCAUAACCACAUGAGAAUCCACACAGGUGAGAAGCCGUACCUUUGUAACACCUGUGGGAAAAGCCUCUGUCACAUGACUGCGUUGAAAAGGCAUAUGAGAAUCCACACAGGCGAGAAGCCAUUUACUUGUAAAGUAUGUGGGAAAGCUGUUAGAGAGAAAGGUAACCUGAUUAUCCACAUGAGAAGCCACACAGGUGAGAGGCCAUUUACCUGCAAAACAUGUGGAAAAGCUUUCCAGUCUAAUAGUGGCUUGCUGUACCACAUGAGAAUCCACACAGGUGAAAGGCAGUACAUUUGUAACACCUGUGGGAAAAGACUCUGUCACAUGACUACGUUGAAAAGGCAUAUGAGAAUCCACACAGGCGAGAAGCCAUUUACUUGUGAAAUAUGUGGGAAAGCUUUUAGAUGGAAAGGUUACCUGACUAUCCACAUGAGAAUCCACACAGGUGAGAGGCCAUUUACCUGCAAAAUAUGUGGAGCAGCUUUCAGACAAGGUCGUCAAAUGACAGCCCACAUGAGGAACCACACUGAGAAGCUGUGUACAUGCAGAAUAUGUGGGAAAGUAUUCAAAGAUAACGGUCAAUUGAUAGUCCACAUGAGAAUCCACAGCAGUGAGAAGCGGUACCUUUGCAGUACCUGUGGGAAAAGAUUCCCUGACAAAUCAGCAUUGAAAGGUCAUAUCAGAGUCCACACAGGCGAGAAGCCGUUUACAUGCACAACAUGUGGGAAAGCUUUUGGACAGAAAGGUCACCUGAAAGGCCACAUGAGAAUCCACACAGGUGAGAAGCCGUUUACAUGCACAACAUGUGGGAAAGCUUUCGCACGUAAAAGUCACCUACCAGGCCACAUGAGGACCCACACAGGUGAGAAGCCAUUUACUUGUACAACAUGUGGGAAAGCUUUUGGACGUAAAAGUCAACUGACAGGCCACAUAAGGACCCACACUGGUGAGAAGCCAUUUACUUGUACAACAUGUGGGAAAGCUUUUGGACGUAAAAGUCAACUGACAGGCCACAUGAGGACCCACACUGAAAUGACACUUUGAUGUGUCUCAGUAGGAAAGGCAUAUAAGAUCUGAUACAGACAAGUGGCCUUGUGUUUGUAAAACAUGCAGGGGAUGAAUCAUUUCUGGUUCAUGGACAAAACACACAAGAACUAUUCGUGGAAAUGAGGAUGAGCAAUUUUUGGUGUGACCUAUUUAAUAUGUUCUGUAAACAGUACAAAAUAAAAAUUCAAUCAGACUGCAAUCUGGUAAUAUGCUCUUCAGACAAGACAACAGCCCUUCCUCCCCAUUAUAAGCAGGCUCUCAAAACAGGCAUGAUUGCAGCUAAAAAAUGUAUACUACAUAACUGGAAGUCUCCAGCACCCCCUUAUUUAAAGAGGUGGCUCAAUGAAAUGGUUUCUCUUGCAAGGAUGGAUCAGAUUUGCUUUAGCAAGCAGAAUUCAGAAAACUAUUAUCAGAAGAUGUGGAAGCUGUUUUUGGCAUUACUCGAUGAGACCUAAAUGUACAUCUUGUGAGCCAUGCUGCUAUGUUGUAUCAUUUCUUCUGUGCAAACUCUGCCUGGGAAAUACUUGAUCGUUAAGGUCAAGUUCGAAGCAAAACAUGUUUACUAAAACCAAGCAACCCUGAAUGGUUUCACUGGGGAGAAGUCUUAAGAGCAGAGUGACCUGGGAAACCGAUGUCGUUGGCAUGAACAGGCUGUGGGUGAAUAACAAAUUGAAUAAUUUGUGUCUUUAGGUCAAAGCUGUUAGAGUUUUCUUCAGUACAGUCUCUCUAAAUUUGUACAAAAAAAUACACUAAUCUUGCUUAAAAUUUUGAAAAUCAUGUUUCAUCUUUAACUUCAUGCCUUUUGGAGAUCAGCCCAUCUUCUACUUACUUAACUAUUGUGGUGAUGAAAAGGCCUGGAAAUGUUUGACAGUGAAGGUCAGGUCAGAAGCCAAACAUGUUUACUUAGAUUGACCAACCUUGAAUGGGGCAGAGUGUUCUAAAACAAACAUUUCAUGACAUCGGGGCAGAAUAAACUGCUAGGACGCCCAAGUAUAAAGAUAAAAUAAGGUAAAGCUCUGGAAACGGCAGGAAAUCACACACACACACACACACACACAUGUAAAGUUAGGAGGAAUACAAGAAUGUUUGGUGAACUGUUCUGCUGUGCUGUCUCAGUAUUACAGUAUGUGAAGUUCCAAGCUGUGUUUUCAAUAAACCCGCAAGGCUG